GUGCCUUUGUGGUUUUUUCUUGCCGGAAACCAGUCUCAUUUAAACCCUCCCCCUGUAGCUAACAACAUCAUAACCGGAUUGAUAUUUACAACCUCAUCAACAUGAACAAAUCAUCAAUGUUUCUUCUGAAAUAAUAUCAGGAGAUUGCUUCAGUGCGAUGACCAUAACUGAGGAAGAAGAGGUACCACUGAUGAAGAAUGAAAGGGCGGGGAGUCAAAAGUCCGGCUGUGACUCCACCCUACAGGUGCAUCUGUACUACACCCCUUCAGUUAAAUCUGAGUCCACACUCAGUAUUCCCAUGGGACACAUCACUGCUGAGAGCGUGUGUGUGUUUGCUGCCAAAGCCAGUGGUAUUUGUCCUGUGUUCCACAAUCUGUUUUCUUUGGCAUCAGAGGAUCUUUCAUACUGGUAUCCACCAACUCAUGUGUUUAACAUUAGUGAUGAGACAGUCACUGUUCAUUACAGAGUGAGGUUUUUCUUCUCGAGUUGGUUUGGUCAGGGGUCCAGAGCAUCGUAUCGCUUCAGCCUGAACAAAGGACGAAUCUGUGCCGUGCUGGACUACUCGGUCAUUGAUUAUCUUUUUGCUCAGUCCCGCAGUGAUUUUGUGUCUGGCCGUGGAGGGAUUUCUCCACCUUUGAGCUUACAGCAAGAAUGUUUGGGUAUGGCUGUACUGGAUCUGUGGCGUAUGGCAAAAGAAAGAAACCAGAGUCUUGGAGAGAUCUGCAAGACCACUAGCUACAAAUCGUGCCUUCCAGAGACCCACAGACAAGACAUCCAGCGUUUGAACCGCCUGGCACGCUAUCAGAUCCGCAAGACAAUGAAGCGGUUUCUGAAGAAGCUGGGCGGCUGCUCGGCCGGGGAGCGCAGUCUCAAGCUCAAGUACUUGAUGGAGUUGAACGUCCUGGAGACGACUUACGGUUCUGAAUGCUUUAAACUGCACAACUCCGGAUGGUUAGAGCAGAAUGAGCAGGAGAGGGUUACAUCGAUCCGAAUCUCUGGAGAGGCAGGGAUUCAGAUUCAGACAACAGAACGUCAGGACUGGCAGACAUUCUGUGACUUUCCCCAGAUCACAGAUAUCAGUAUUAAACGACUAUGUCAAGAGCAGAUGCCUCUGGAGGGAAGGGUGGUCACCCUCACACGCCAAGAUGACCACUGCCUGGAGGCUGAGUUUCACACGCUCACUGAAGCUCUGUCCUUUGUAUCUUUGGUUGAUGGGUAUUUUAGACUGACCACAGACUCUACUCACUAUUUCUGCACAGAGGUGGCACCGCCCAGCCUGCUGGAAGACAUCCAGAAUUACUGCCAUGGCCCUAUAACGUCAGAGUUUGCCGUUCACAAACUCAAGAAGGCCGGAGCCAAAAAUGGGAUGUUUCUGUUACGUCACAGUCCCAAAGAACACGACAAGUACUUCCUCACUGUUUGCAUACAGACCUCUCUAGGUAUGGAUUACAAAGACUGUCUGAUAGAGAAAAAUGAGAAGUUUAGCCUGGCUGGGAUUCGCAACUCAUUUUGCAGUCUGAAACAACUCACUGAGUUCUAUCAGCACAACACACUUCUCAUGUCAGACAUCCCUGUGACCCUGGGAAAGUGCUGCCCACCCAGACCAAAAGAACUUACCAACAUGAUCAUCCUUCGUAACAGCAGCAUGGCAGAGAUGACGAAUACCCCCAUGUUACAGAGACACAAACCCAGUCACAUGCAGUUUCACAUGAUCAAACAUGAAGACCUCACCUGGAAGGAAAGUUUGGGUCAAGGUUCCUUCACGCACAUCUCCAGAGGCAGUAAGACAGAUCAGAGGGAUGGGGUGACACAUUCUACAGACGUCCUUCUGAAGGUCCUGGAUGCCAAUCAUAAAAACUGCUGGGAGUCUUUUUUUGAAGCAGCCAGUUUGAUGAGUCAGAUUUCCCAUAAGCACCUUCUUCUGGUUUACGGCAUCAGUGUACACAAAUCCAAAAACAUCAUGGUGCAGGAGUUUGUGAAGCACGGUGCCCUGGACUUGUACCUGAGGAGAAAUACAUCCCUUUCUGUCAGCUGGAAACUAGACGUGGCCAAACAAUUGGCAUGUGCUCUCAACUUCCUGGAAGAGAAGAGCAUUGCACAUGGGAACAUCUGUGCCAAAAAUCUCCUAUUGGCCAGAGAAGGAGACCCGUCUUCUGAUAACUCUCCCUUUAUUAAAUUAAGUGACCCAGGCAUCAGCAUGGCUAUGCUGGGCAAAGAUGUGGCAUUAGACAGAAUCCCAUGGGUGGCGCCAGAGGUUCUUGAAACCCUUGAGAUAGACAUGGAGUGUGACAAAUGGAGUUUUGGAACAACGCUGUGGGAGAUUUUCAAUGGUGGAGAAGCGCCUCUUCAGGGCCUGGACCUCAAACAAAAGCAGCAGUUUUACACACAGUUCUCGCACUUGCCCGCGCUGGAGUGGACCGAGUUGGCCGAGCUGAUUGGCCAGUGUAUGGAGUACCAGCCUGAGCUCAGACCGUCUUGCCGGAGCAUCAUCCGUCAACUUAACAGCCUCAUCACUUCAGAUUAUGAGAUCCUCCAUGCGACUAGCACACCCACCAAGAGCGAUGGGUUCUGGAGAAAACCCAACAUGUUGAGAAAUCAACAGCAGAAUGUUUUUGAAGAGAGACACCUGCGCUUCAUUUCGGUUCUGGGAAAGGGUAACUUUGGCAGCGUGGAGCUUUGUCGAUAUGAUCCAUGGGGUGACAACACUGGAGAUCUGGUAGCUGUUAAAGAACUGCAGUCCAACAAGCAGGCCAACACAGCAGACUUUCAGAGAGAGAUCCAGACUAUUAGCUCUCUAAACUGCGACUUCAUUGUCAAAUACAAAGGAAUCUGCUACAGUGCAGGUAGGCUCAGCACAAGAUUGGUGAUGGAAUAUCUUCCCUAUGGAAGUCUGAUCGGUUAUAUGGAGAAAUACAGACAAAACGUGUGCACACGAAGACUGUUGCUUUUUGCCUCACAGAUUUGUAAGGGGAUGGAAUACUUGCAGAGCAUGCGGUAUGUUCACCGGGAUCUAGCUGCCCGGAAUAUUCUCGUAGCCAGCGACACUCUGGUGAAAAUCGCUGACUUUGGCCUUACGAAGAUAAUUCCGGUGGAUAAAGAAUAUUACCGUGUCACACAGCCAGGAGAAAGCCCCAUUUUCUGGUAUGCACCUGAAUCCAUAUCAGAACUGAAGUUUUCUCACAAGUCAGAUGUGUGGAGUUUUGGUAUUGUACUGCAUGAGCUGUUCUCUUACUGUGAGAUCAGUCGAAACCCCAAAAGGUUGUGUAUCCAGAAGAUAGGAAGUUAUGUCCAGAGUCCAUCCAUGGCUAUUCAUCUUCUCAAUCUUUUUAAAGAUAACUGGAGGUUACCGGUACCUUCUCAGUGUCCCCCAAAGGUGCAGAAUAUAAUGAUGCACUGUUGGGAGUUCAACAGUGAGGAUAGACCGAGCUUCUCCUCUCUACAGGACCUGAUUGAAAACAUCAUGUUAGAUGAGAGAGAGGGGUCUAAAGGGUAGACUCUGAGAUAUCCUGAAAUGUAUUUUCAGCACUUAUAUAUUAUUUAUAUACAACUGAGUAUUCUUUUAAUUAUUGUUAUGGACCUGACAUUUCAGAAUUUAUAUUCAUAUAAAUGUUUCUUGAAUGUUUACCAUAGGACCGCUGCUGCUUGUAUAUUAGCUAUCAAGUCAACAUGAGAGCUUCCUCUACCAACUUCAUAUUUUUUCAAUAAAUGUCAGAUAAAAGAUAUAUCCAAAGUUACAUUCAUCAUUGUUUUGUAUUAAACUUAACAAAAAUGCAUUAAAAAAAUCUAAA